AGUCGCCUGAGGCUACAUUCUCAAGAAGUCCUUUUAAGCCGUACGGGCCGAUUGAGAAAUUCACUUACGGGUUGCAAAAGAUAAAACCUGGAAACCUGGGGAAUUGAUUUUUUCGACAAACACCCAACACGCUCGACUUGACUUUGACUUAAUAUCACUGCACAAACAUAAGAAAUACAGGAAAGGAACACGAAGGCAUCUAUACAUGGCCAAGAUUGAAGAGCACAGCUCAACAGGGGUGAGCUCAUGGCUCAGCUCACAAUCCCAGCAACAACAACCUUAUCCCUCUCCUCGGCCAACGUCCGAUUUCGAGUCCGAUACUAGCCACUCUAAUGUGACUCUAGCCGUCGGCAUCUCUCCCUCGUUCGUGCAACUGUUGGGUUCUGUACCAGAGGAGAUCUGGCGCCAGAUCCUUGUGUGCCUGCCGCUGAGGAAACUCGUAAUCCUCUCUGUUGUGUGCAGGAAAUGGUAUUCGAUUGUGCAUGACGACCUCGUCCCGGCUUACAAGGACCUGGCGGCCCAGUGUCGGAUGGGUGAACCGCGCGGGUUGAUACAGACGUGGUGGGAACUGGUGGUCGGGCAUGCGCUGAUAGUUUGUGACGUGUGCUUACAGAGGAGUCGGGGUGUGGGGUCGGCGGUGCCAUUGCCCGUGGAGAGAACCGAUGCGAUGGGACGGACGUGGAUGUGCAGGAGAUGUCGGAGAAAGUAUUUUGAGAGGCACCCAGAGGAACGAAGGAAGAGUUGGGCGGAGGAUUAUGUAGGUGUUGGGACAGUGGCGGGGAUGUGGACAAUGUGUUCUGUGCCCAUGCGGGCUGACGCUGAAGGAGAGGGAGAAGGAGGAGAGCAUCGGGUGGUGGUGCAGCCGUUGGACUCGCGGGAGUGCUUCGAGCACGCUGAUGAGGUUGGACAGGAAAUCGUGUAUGAGGCUAGAGUGCGUCAUGGUGGCGAUAUCGGGAUCCGAGCGCAUCAUGGGGAUCAUUCGAUACUGUCGCUGCUCCGUCCCUAUCGUCGCAAACUCCUCUCAACACUUCUGGCGCUGCGUGGAUUAAAACUUCGUGCGGAUUCGAAGCUGUGUGGACGGUAUCUGCAAGGCUCGAACGAGGAUCCCGAGAGAAUCGCGGAUGUGAUGAAGGAGAUGGAGUGGUAUUAUCAAGAGACGACUUAUGGGGGGUAUCUGGCAGAAGACCAUGGGUCGGUUGAAGCGAAGGCGAUAGCGUUGACAGAGUGGGUGGAGGAGGCUGUUAGGGUGUUUGGGGAAAAGGUCAAAGAGGCGUAUAAGCAAACGCCGGAAGGCGAGGGGAAUGCAUUCAUGAUGGUGGAGGGGGAGUUGGUGAGGAUGCCGAGGCGUCCGCCGCCGGAGACGAUGUGGGCGAUGUUGGAUUUGUGGAUUGAUAAGUGGCAGCAGGGGGAUCGAGCGUAUCGACCGCAGAGCAGCGCUCUUGAAGUCAGCUGUGAGGCCGAUGACCUUCGCGAUGACUGAGACGAAGUGGCACGACCUGGGGCCUCUCACCGUUUUUUUCUUUUUUUUUUUCUAUCUGGAUAUGGACAUAUGGACCUGGCUCUUUCGAUAAAGUAACCUUCAUUUCCCAUUUGUGCUAUGACAUUGUCGUCUCUGGUAUCCGCCCAUCCUUUUUCUUUAUGAUUUGAUAACAGUUUAAGAAGUGUAUGUAUGACUAGGUGUUCAGUAUGCCAUGUGAAGUUGGCGAUACCAAAUGUUUUAAUUGCAUACAAACGGUCGGUCUUAGGAAGUGUCUGGGCACUUAACCAUGCCUGGUCCACGGUUUUUCAGGCCGAGGACCAGGUGACGGUGAUCAUGCAAUUUGAAAUCCUGUAACGUUUGUGAGACGUAAGGAUGGGCCCGAUUGCCUACUUGUGGGAGCUAUUUAUUGGACUGAGAGGACAGUCUUGUAGGGGCUCAUCUUAUG